AUGGACUCCGCCAACACCACUGUUCUUGUUGAAGCGGUCGCCCCUGGCAUCGUCGAGAUUAGACUCAAUCGACCCUACGCCUUGAACGCUAUCAAUGUCGACCUCCUGAAUCGACUAGUGGAUACCCUUCGACAACAGGUCGCUGAGUCCCGAAUCAUCGUACUCACUGCGGCGGGUGAGCGCUCAUUCUGUGCUGGAGAAGACCUCAAGGAGACCCUCGCCCCUGCCACGGGAUCAGCGGCAGAACUGAGACGGGCCUUCGACAAGCUGCAGGACAUCACUCGCUUGACAUCCUCAUCAUCGGCUAUUGUGAUAGCGGCGGUCCAAGGGUAUGCGGUUGGAGGCGGAGCAGAAAUUGCCCUCGCUGCCGAUUUUGUCAUCGGAGGUCCAGCAGCAAAAUUCCGCUUUCCUGAAGUCACUAUCGGGCAUGCUGUAACAGGCGGCAUUUCUGCAAGACUUGGACAACUUGUCGGCUUGCUGAGAGCAAAGGAGUUGCUGUUCACUGGAAGAUAUGUCGGCGCUGAGGAAGCACUCAAGCUGGGUUUGCUUACGGAACUGGCAGACGAUGCGAGGAGUAGAGCGAUGGAGUUGGCACACGAGCUGGUCAAGCGUCCUGAAGUCUCGCUGAGGGCGAACAAGAGCAGUGUCGAACGAGCGACCUUCCCGCACAUGGAAGCCGUGCUCCAAGACGAGAUCUUCGUAGCCAGCGUCUGUUUCGCCGAAGACGAGGCUGCGAAUGCAUUCCGCAACUUCGCACAACGCAGGACUCCGAAAACAGAAUCUGCUGGAAGAAGCAUCCGAGACAUCAAUACAGCCUUUUCGGACGCCCUUGCUCGAAGCCCUGAUGGAGUGUUCUUGCGAUUUGGUGAAUCCGAUACAACGUUCAAGGAGUUCGAUCAUUCUGUUGCUCAACUCGCUGGGGGCCUUCGAUCCAUCGGCAUCGGUCCAGGAGAUCGCGUAUUGGUCAUGAUGCGUAACAGCUUCGAAAUGAUCUGCAGCUGGUUCGCCACAAACAGACUCGCCGCUACCUGGGUUCCCGUCGACACAGAGCUGAAGUCCAAGACUCUGGCACAUGUUCUCGCAUCAGCCAAGGCAUCUGUAGCGUUGGUCGACGAAGAGUUCCUUCACGACGUUCAAGAAAGCGGCGUCGUGGAGCUGGGCCAGAUCUACACGAAUGGUGCCUCGACGCAUAAGCCGCUGUCUGCGCUCUUCAACACAUCCUCGCCGGUCACUGUGGCAAUGGCAGCACCAGUCUUACCCUCGACUACGGCAGCGUUCCUUUACACCUCGGGAACCACCGGGCGCAGUAAGCCCUGCAUACUCUCCCAUGAGUACUUCAUCCUACAGGCCUCCACGCUCAUAGAAGGGCGCAAUCUCGCCGCUCAAGAUGUCCUGUAUUGUCCUUUCCCAUUGUUUCAUGCAGACGCUACAGCACUCACUGUCAUUCCCGCAGUACUUCUCAGCUGCACCGCUGCCAUUGCCGCUCGCUUUUCCGCGAGCAGGUUCUGGGACGACAUCCGAGAGACCAAAGCGACGGUAUACGACUUCAUGGGAGCGACAUUGGCUCUCACAUACAAACAGCCGCCAACGUCCCGAGACCAAGACCAUAAUGUCCGUAUAGCGUGGGGAGUGCCUUUGCAUCCAUCAUUUGGCAAGGAUUACGAGAAGAGGUUUGGCCACAAGCUCGUCACCCUGUAUGGCAGCGUCGAGGCAAGUCUGCCCAUUUUUCAGCAAGGCGACCUGGUACCUGGGUCUUGUGGAAAGGUAGUGAAGGGAUGGGAGAUCCGUAUUACUAACGAUGAAGGUGAUCCACUGUCUUCGAACACGGCCGGCAAUCUACUAGUCAGGAGCGAUCGGCCAAACAGGUUGUUCUCAGGAUACUUUGACAACCCUGAGAGCACCCUGGCAGCAAUUCAGGGCCAAUGGCUGCAUACUGGGGAUCUCGCCAAGGUCGACCAAGAUGGAAAUGUCUUCUUUCUCGGCCGGGUCAAAGACAUCAUUCGUCGGAGAGGGGAGAACAUCAAUGCCAGCGAAGUGGAAGAAGAGUUUUUGGCGCACCCGGAAGUGGUCCUUGCAGCGGCUCAUGGUGUUCCUUCUGGACUUGGCGAAGAGGCCGAAGAAGACCUCAAGGUGACAGUCAAGCUAAGGGAUGGGAGCAAGUUGCAGGAGGAGGAGUUGUGGGAAUGGGCCACUCAGAACCUGGCGAGGUUCCAAGUCCCGUCGGUGAUUGAGUUUGUGGCGGAAAUCCAGAGGACGCCCACUGGCAAGGUUGAAAAGCGUGCAUUGAGUGUGGAGGGUGGCCGAAGAUUUGACAUUCGACGGAAGGCAGAAGAGCGGUCUGUGCAAAGCUCAGUCUAG